AUGUCCCGGCGCACCAUCGGCGGCGGAAGGGUUUUGGGAAGCGGUAGAACCCUGGGACCGCCUGUUCCUCCGCCAAAGUCGACCUCUCCUGUUCCCGCCCAUGUCCUUUCUCCGUCCGCCUCGAGCCUAUCCUUGAACACGUCCCCAAGUGAGGCUUCCACUCCCCCUUCUUCCGACACACAAGAUAUCGCCGCUCGAAUAUCGCUAGAUCAUGGAGCUCCGGGUUUGUCCAUGGCAGCCGCCGCUGCAGGAGACCGUUUGGUCUGCCCGAUAUGCAACGAAGAGAUGGUCACUUUGCUACAGUUGAACCGACACCUGGAUGACGCACAUAAGGAGAUAGAGGAGGAGCAACAGGAUGAAGUCAAGGACUGGUUCAAACAACAGAUGGUCAAGGCGAAGAAGUUUCAACCAUUGGCCGUGCUGAACCAGAAACUCAAGGGAUUGGACGUCUUCGAGUCGAAUCAUGAUCUUGCCAGAAGUAUUACUCCUACCCCGCGCAGUGACUCCGUUGCAAGAGAGGUCAGAGACCUAAGUACUCCACCACCGCUACCCCCACCAAAGCCCGUCGCGGCCGUCAUUGAUCCGGACGACGUUAUCACCAAGCAACACUGGCAGAAGAGAACCGGGCAUGAUGUCUGCUCGGAUCCAGCAUGUGGGAAACGGCUGGGUGCCACGACGACAGGAAUCGUCAAUUGCAGGCACUGUGGCAAGCUCUUCUGCGAAGAGGACACGAUGUAUCAGAUGAAACUGUCGCGGUCGGCCCAACAUGAACCGGUCCGAGGUCUAUGGUAUCGGGUGUGCGAGACGUGCUACAAGAGUCGGGAGGGGUAUAUGGACAGACAUGGUCUGGAGCGAGACCGAAUGGGCGACUUCGAGGCCGUGAGGCGGAACAGACUCAGCCACAAGGAAAUGGAGGUCUCCCGGUUGGAAAAGAGACUGUCAAGGCUCACGCAUCUGUUGGCCAAUCCGCCGGACGAGAUUCCACAACCCACUACUAACAAGAGAUGGUCACUGAACUGGGUCCAACCGGAUCCCCGAAAGGCACUGGAACAAAGUGUCGUGGCAUGGCAAAAUGACGCCGAGAUCCAACGAUGUCCAUACUGCCAGCAAGAGUUCACCCAGUACACAUUCCGUCGACACCAUUGCAGGACCUGUGGGAAAGUCGUCUGCGGCGAUCCGGUUACCGCGUGUUCGGUCGUCGUGGGCCUCAAUGUCGCAACAACUAACACCCGCCUCUCUCCAACAGAAAAGUCCCCACUGGGCAACACCGUCGCUCUGGACAUACGGCUCUGCAAAGACUGCCAUCACACGCUGUUCUCCCAUCGAGACUUCCAAGCGUCCUUGACUUCACCUUCGAUAGAAGCGUUCGCACGCGCAUACAGCAAUCUUCUGCAGUUCGAACGCGGGAUACGGUUAUUACUUCCGAAAUUCCAAAGACUCAUCCAAGCUUUACAAGACCCCGACCAACCUCCUUCCUCAUCCCAACUCACGGACGCCUCGCGCACGCGCCGACGGCUUAUGGACGCAUUUACGCAAUACGACAUUGCAGCGCGUCGGAUCCGCGACAUGCCCAGCCAGUCGGCGACGCAGCUCAAACUGCAAAAGGCCAUCUACCAGAAUGCCACUCAGUUUCUUCAUCUGCACAUGCUGCCUCUGAAAUCGCUCCCCAAGGUGCUCAAACACGCGACCCCACACGGAAGCGGAAUAGGUAGCGGUGUGAAACCAGACGCCAGCAAUCCACGCGCCUCUCUCGCCGUGCUCAACCGCAACCACAUGCGCAACGAUAGCAGCUCGAAUAUCUCCGUCACCAGUUUCGCCUCGUCGCGAGUCAGCGAGCUCGAAGCCGAAGAGAAAUCGCUGCGCGAGCGUCUGAUCGUGCUGGAAGAGCAGAAGUUCAUGGUCCAGGAGAUGAUCGCCGACGCCCACCGGCGGCGCAAGUUCGACGAGGUCGCGGCUCUCGCGGGCAACGUCGAAGAUCUCAGCGCCGAGAUUGACCGGGUGCAGAAACUGGUCGAUAACCUGCGCAGCGAGUUUGAAGGCGUCUAUACAGGUUUGUCUCCUGCCAAUGGCCUGGGCAGUGGUGUCAACAGUCCUGUACGGAAGGCUUCGGAUAUAGGCACGAGUAAGCUGAGGGCUGGAGCCGAGAAUGGAUGA